CUCGAUACAUAUUAGGAGAAAAAAAUAUCACUGCAACGAUAACACCUCUCUAAUUUAUCUAUGUUAUGGCAGAUUACCUACGUUCCGCACUAGCUCUUGAAGAUGUGCUAAAUUGUAGCUAUUCACGCAGUGCAUUUUAUCCUCGAGCGAAAGUAAUUUGUUUGAAGCUCAUAAGUUAACAGGGCCACGUUAAUAUUUCAAGUAUAGUGUUGUGCGUAUAAACAAUACAGAUAUUUAAAAUCAAGUUUUGGAUACUUCGACUGAAUAAUUCACUAGCGGUAAACUUGUUUGUUUCGAAACAUGUGUGCUCAUUGGAUCCCAUUAAGUGUUGAACGUGAAAGUUAUCAGUAAUCAAGGUACCAUAUACAUUAACCAAGUAAAUACUCAAGACUCCACCUGCGACUAAGUGGAAAGGACGAGAGUAGGAAACGAUGGCGCUUAUUAAGCGAGUACACCAAAAACCCACUGACGGCCGUCCUCCAAUCACGUAUCGUAUUCAAGUGGUCGAUGAACCUUUCUUCAAGGAGGCUGCCAAUUUCAUGAUCGAGAAUUUUCUUCCAACGGAAAAUAUAUGCUCAUCAAUCGGUUUGUUAUCGGAAAACGGAGGUAUUGAAACGGCGCGUGUUUUUUGGGAGAAGCAAGUAGCUAAAGGGAUUUCCUUGGCUGCAUUUCUAGAGGACAAAGAUGGGGGCAGAGGAAAAAUGAUCAGCUGUAACGUUUUGGAAGUAGAGAGAAAAAAUCAAGAGGAUGAGUCCAUGAAGACGAUCGAGCUUUCGGACAAAUGGAAGAAGAUAUUCCAGACGAUGGCAGACACAGAGGCAAAAGCUGAUGUCUACGCGUUGUACAACUGCGAGGCGUUCGUGCACGCUUACGGCUUGUCGGUGAUGGCCGACUUCGAAAGACGAGGCAUCGGAGCCGAGAUGCUGAUUGCGAGGGCGGAGAUCUGCAAACAGUUGGACACUCCGGUCAGCGCUACCGUCUUCACCGGGAGCGCAUCGCAGAGACUCGCCGAGAGGUGCGGCUACGAGACCAUCGCCGAAUUGGAUAUCACGACUUACCGCAUCGACGGACAGAUCGUCUACCCCAAACCCAAAUGGCCGGUCAUCAAGUGGAUGGCAAAACGCUAUUUUUAAGCAUGGAAAGUAACCCACCUCGCACUGUUAAGAAAAAGAUCAUUCAUUACAUGGGAAUGUAGAAAAGGAAUGUAAAAUGAGGGGUUUGGAGGACAAGGCGGAUAAGUGCAGUUUUUGAAAAAAUUGAGAUAUUAUUGAUUUCAAGUAAAACUAGUAGUCUUAAUGCAUAUUCUGUGAAAAAUUUGCUGCUCAACUCUCGAAUGUUCAUACGGCGCGGCGUUCCUCCUUAGCACGGUAGUGUAACAUUCGUGCGUAAUUUUGCAGCUGUUGACUCCAACGAGAGAAAUCUUUCGUGGAGCACAAAUACAAGACACUAUCAUUUAAAAUCACAUAAAUCACGGAAAGAUAUGCAUCACUUCCUUUCAAUAUAAAACAUUCAUCGGAGGAAAUUUGGCAACUCUUGAAUGUUCAUACAACGUUUUUUCUUAGCACAGCAGCUCACAGGCCCAAGUUAAGGUUAAAACGUCAAUGGGUGGCUCAUAUUGAAAAUCUCUCAAGAGGCUCAAAAGUAAUACAGUGUCACAUUCGUUUAAAAGCUCUUGACUAGAUUAUGUCUGAUUAUACAUAAACACUUUUCGGACGGGUAAGAUAAGAUUUUCCGAGCCGGCCUUGAUUGACUCUUGACAAAUUCUAGCUAGAGAACUCACAUUUCAACGAAAGAGCCACCAUCACCCAUGCAGUUAAGCUCGUUCUCACUCAGCCGAGAGACUCUAAGUACUUGCAGGAUUUGUUAUUUCAUCCACGGUCCUUAUCGAGGAGGAAUUCCUAUUCUGAUAAUUCUUUCGAGGUAAAUUCAUUCUUUCCACAUCUAUCGCAUCGAUAGAAGCAAACUAAUUUAAUAGGUAUAAUUUGACAUUGUUGCAAAUAGCAAGGUAUAAAUUACAUAUGAAAAUGAAUAAAAUAAUAUAUGAUAAUCUAUGAUGUUUAAUUAACUUUUUUCAAUAUAUUUAAUAUGCAAGUAA